CUGGGCAAAACACUCCUUCGUCACCACGUAGUCGUCUAGUCACUCAGCGGUACUGGAGACGUGGCUGUGUUUCCUCUGCCAUAUUGUUUAGUUUAGUUAUUACAACUCUGAGUAGCUUUGACAGUUGGGAACAAAAAGGGAAACAUUGCAUGAACUAGCUUUUUGACAAACGUGGGAAAGACAAGGUGGUCUUGAUAAGGGAUUGUAGCUGGUUAUAUCACAAGAAUCCUAAAAUGGUACUGUUAGCUGCCGCGGUGUGCACCAAGUCGGGCAAGCCCCUCCUGUCGCGGCAGUUUGUCGAGAUGACGCGGACGCGCAUCGAGUGCCUGCUGGCCGCCUUCCCCAAGCUGAUGGGCACGGGCGGCAAGCAGCACACCUUCGUGGAGACGGAGAGCGUGCGCUACGUCUACCAGCCGCUGGACCGCCUCUACAUGGUGCUGCUCACCACCAAGAACAGCAACAUCCUGGAGGACCUGGAGACGCUCCGGCUCUUCUCACGCGUGAUUCCUGAAUACUGCCGCAGCAUGGACGAGGGGGAGAUCUCUGAUCACUGCUUCGAGCUGCUGUUCGCCUUCGAUGAGGUUGUGGCCCUGGGCUACCGGGAGAAUGUCAACCUCACGCAGAUCCGCACUUUCACCGAGAUGGACUCACACGAGGAGAGGGUCUUCCGGGCCGUCAGAGAGACUCAGGAGCGCGAGGCGAAGGCGGAGAUGGAGCGCAAGUCCAAGGAGCUGCAGCGGGCACGCCGUGACGCCGAGCGGAGCGGAAGGAAAGUUCCGACGUAUGGGGGCUACGGAGGUGGAAGCAUCAGUUCCGCGUCAUCCGCCGCCAUCAUUAAAGACACUUACGAACCCGAGAAACCCAGAGUGGCACCUGCUCCUGCCAGGCCGAGUGGUCCGAACAAGGCGUUGAAGCUGGGCUCCAAGGGCAAGGAAGUGGACAACUUUGUGGACAAGCUGAAGUCCGAGGGGGAGACCGUUUCUGCUGUGACAGGAAGGAAGCAGUCAGACGCCAGCAAAGCCUUACCCCCACCCAUCAACACUGAGAGUGUGCAUCUGAAGGUGGAGGAGAAGAUCACCAUGUCCUGUGGUCGUGACGGAGGGCUGCAGAACUUGGAGGUCCUGGGCAUCAUCACCCUGCGAGUCAGCGAUGACCAAAACAGCCGCAUCCGCCUGCACAUCGCCAACAACGACAAGAAAGGAGCUCAGCUACAGACUCAUCCCAACGUGGACAAGAAGCUCUUCUCCUCCGAGUCCCUGAUCGGUCUGAAGAACUCUGAGAAGUCGUUCCCCCUCAACAACGACGUGGGGGUGCUGAAGUGGAGACUGCAGACCACUGACGAGUCCCUCAUCCCACUAACGAUAAACUGCUGGCCGUCAGACAGCUCCACCGGGUGUGACGUCAACAUUGAGUACGAGCUGCAGGACGACAGUCUGGAGCUGAAAGACGUGGUCAUCACCAUCCCCCUGCCGUCGGGGGUGGGAGCGCCCGUGAUUGGCGACGUGGACGGCGACUAUCGCCACGACAGCAGGCGGAACAUUCUGGAGUGGUCUCUGCCGGUCAUCGACAGCAGCAACCGGAGCGGCAGCAUGGAGUUCAGUAUCGCCGGCCAGGCCAACGACUUCUUUCCCGUCAACGUAUCAUUUGUCUCCACUAACAGCUUCUGCGAUCUUCAGGUUGUCAAGGUAACUCCUGUGGAAGGAGACUCCGCAGUGCGGUUCUCCACAGAAACCUCAUUUGUGGUGGACAAGUAUGAGAUCUUAUAAUGAAGAAAAGAUAUGCAAACACCUCAAGUAUCUUACCAUGGGUUCUGCAUCCAGCGAUUGGACUUUGCUUUUUUUUUUUUAAUACAAAACUAUUUUUCAGCUUUUUUGAUGUGUGUGUUUGUAUAUAUGGUUUCCAAAAACAGAGAGAAAAGAAUAUACAAUAUAAAGUAUUAAAGAAAUUGUAAUUAACCAAAUGUGGAAGAAAGAAAGCACCAUAUUGCCAAGAAUUCAACCUGAUGGGUUGAGCAACACCCUUAGUGCACUUACAGACUGACUGACAGACUGACUGUGUCUCUUAAAGAGGCUUAUUACUAUGCGUCUUCAACAUCAUCUCUUGUCUUUCGUCAGCUCCUGUGGUAUGCCAAGAACCUGGCUGAGUCGUAAGCCUGGUUAAGUUAACCUUGUAAAUCAUGUAAUAGAAGAGCCCGGAGUCCUUAUUUUCUGAACUAGAUGACACUUCUGGACUAUCUAUUUGCAGAUUUACCACGUCAUGCAGGUUAACUUGGCCAGGUUUACCACUUGUUCUUGGAAUACUCACUUGUUGUUGUUGUUCCAUUUCGACUGGACCUGUUGUUUAUGCAGCAUUAUUGGUGAUGCUGCAACAUCAGACCUUAGUUAAGUAGGCGUUGGGUAACACUGUACUUUAAGGGUGACAUGUUAGCCACUAAUGCAUGCCUAAUUACUUUUUGUAUACUGUAAGUUAGACAUGUGUUAAGGGUCUAUACGGUUUAUAUCAGUAAAAAAGCCUUGUUGCCAUGUGUCUAAUCAGUUAGUUAUGUAGGGUUGCAUUAGUAGCUAAUGUGUGAACCUUAAAAUGUAGUGUUACCAAAAGUUGUUAUUAGUGGUAUUCUGAAACGAUCAGCUGCCUGAUUUAGGGUUGAAAGAUACCCGUUAAGAGCACAUCCUUUCCACUCUAAAUUCAUCUUUUUUAUAUAGUAUAAGGAGUUCAGCUUAUGUGCCAGUGAUGGUAUGUGUUAUUUAAUGUUUUGUCAUGUUAACAAAUUAAAAUGCUUGGCUUUGCUUUUAUUAUACUCACUCUUAUUGCUCAGUUUUUUUUAUGUGAGGUGUCUUUCUUUUUAUAUAUAUAAAUUUGUUUGGAUAAAAUGUGUCCACAUCGUCCCUCUGUAGAGAGGGGGAGUAAGAUGAGCACUGUUGUAACGAAGUCACAACGCCAAAGGGACACCUUGAUUCAUCUUGAUUCAGCAGCAAAAUCUCAGUUUCUGUGGUUCUUCAUUUGUUUUUGUGAAAGACAUCUGUAUGAACGGCGUAGCCUCACAGUUGUGCUUUAAUUAAUGAGCAUCAUUCUUUUUCUACCUGCCCAUCAUGGACAUUGAUUUAGUAUCAUCUUUUUUUUGGAGCAUUGACAUUCCUCUGUACAAACAGAUGUAAUAUAAACUCAAAUAAAAGCAAUUAUCAAAGUA